AUGCCUUUCAUUGAGCCCGCUGAACUGGCUUCUGAACCGUUCCCGCUGGGCACGAACAUACAAGUGGUGAACCUCGCCGCCGACGGAUACGACGCCCCGGCGGGCCUGCCGGUCACCGUCACGGGCUGGGGCGACACCGGGAUCGACUACGACCCCGUCUACCUGCAGCGGGCGGACAUGCACGUCGUGGACCGCGACACCUGCCGUGAAAUGAUGGCCGACGUGGCGCCGGUCACGCCGCGCAUGGUGUGCGCCGGGGACCCCACCAUGGCCGCCUGCCACGGCGACUCGGGCAGUCCGUUGGUCGAUGGGGACACUCAGAUCGGCAUCGUGUCCUGGAGCCGGUCCGACUGCAUCAGCGCUACCGCAGUCUAUGCGGAUGUGGGCAACCUCCGGGCCUGGAUCAGGAACAACACUGGAGUUUAA